GGGUGCCCAUGCUGACCCAUGGGGUCCCCACAGCCGUUCCCAUGGCAGGGUCUGGCCCUGGCUCCCUUUGCUCCUUGUCCUGAGGGUGCUGGGGUUGGAGAAGAGGCUGAGAUCAGCCCCCAUCUGCUCACUCACCCCUGUCCCUGUGUUUCCCAAGGGAAGGUGCCAGCCAGCAGCAUCCUGGCCAGCGCUCCCUCGGACAAAAACCUGGAUGCAUGGAGGGAGUCGGGCUGUCGGACCACGCACUGCAACCUGGAGGUGCUGCAGGAGAGCACCCUGGUCAUCCUGGCCACCAAACCCCACGUGCUGCCGGGUGUGCUGCAGGAGAUCCGUCCUGCUGUGGGACCACACCACAUCGUCGUCUCCUUGGUGGCCGGUGUCACCCUCCAGACACUGCAGAGGCUUCUCCCCAGCGGGACCAAGGUGCUGCGGCUCAUGCCCAACCUGCCCUGUGUGGUGCAGGCGGGAGCAAUGGUCUUCGCCCGGGGCAGUGGUGCUGGUGACGAGGAAGCCUCCCUGCUGAAGAACCUCUUGUCCUCCUGUGGCCUCUGCGAGGAGGUCCCCGAAUCCUACAUCAACAUCCACACCGGCCUCAGCGGCAGCGGGGUAGCCUAUGUCUAUCUGUUUGCCGAGGCACUGGCCGAGGGAGCGGUGAAGAUGGGAAUGCCGGGUGGCUUAGCCAGCAGGAUCGCGGCUCAGACGCUGCUGGGCGCAGCAAAGAUGAUGCUGGAGACAGGGGAGCACCCGGCGAAGCUGCGGGGAGACGUCUGCACGCCCGGCGGCACCACCAUCCAUGCACUGCACCAGCUGGAGAAGGGCGCGUUGAGGGCCACCGUCAUGAACGCCGUGGAGGCGGCCACCAACCGGGCACGCAGCAUGGCUGAGGACUAAGAACCGGGCUGGAGACGAGCUCCUCCAUCCCCUGUGGAGCAGGAGGGGUGAUGGAGACCAGAGCGAACCCCUUCAGGGAGCAAGGGGGACCCUGAGACCCGCAGGAGACCCUCGUCGGGGUUGGAGAUGGUGUGGAGCCGUGUCCAUGCCAUACGCUACCUCUGCAAGGCUGGGACCAAAUAAACGUGGGCAGCACCAUGG